AUUAGGACAGAAUGCAUCAUCGUUCCCGCGCGUGCAUUUUAGGGUUUAAGCAGCACAGAAGCCGAGGAGCAUGACGAACCAGGCAAAUUAGGAUUUACCGGGGCGUGGUUGAAGAGUUCCGACCGCCAUUUUAUUUUGUCUUCAUGGACGUUGACAUGGAUACAUCUCCGAGUUAUUUCGACCCUGAAGAUCUUAGCACCAGAGAACAGUUUCGCCGAUAUGGGAAAAGACGGUCACCUUCAAGCAUUUCUCCACCCCAAGAAGGUUUAAUUUCGAGGUUCAGUGUGGCUGGGAUUCUUUUUGAUGAACAUAGCAUCCAAAGACGGCCUAAUGCUGCACUUUUCCUUGAGGAAAUCAAACAAGAGGUUGAAAACUUUGAAGAUGAUGGCUUAGAAGGAAUUCCCACAAAGACACCAUAUUCCUCCAAACGGAGAUUGUCUGUUGAGGGUCAUGGAUUAUCAGAAGCAAAUGAUGCAUUGGACUCAUUUCGACAAGUACCUUCAUUGUUAAAAUCUUGCAAGCAUGAAGAUGAAGUGUUGGCAGAUUGUGGAGAAACAACUUUUGCCUUAUUUGCAUCACUACUUGACUCUGCACUCCAAGGGUUAAUGCCUAUUCCUGAUCUGAUAUUACGGUUUGAGAAUGCAUGCCGAAGUGUUUCAGAGUCGAUUAGGUAUGGGUCGAAUGGGAGGCAGCGGGCUGUGGAAGAUAAAUUAAUGAGACAAAAGGCUCGUCUCUUGCUUGAUGAAGCUGCUUCUUGGUCUCUUCUAUGGCACCUAUUUGGGAAAGGAAAUGAGGAACUUCCUGAAGACUUAAUAUUGUCACCAUCUACAUCACACCUCGAGGCAUGCCAGUUUGUUAUGACAGAUCAUACAGCACAAUUAUGUCUCCGAAUUGUACAAUGGCUAGAAGGACUGGCCUCUGAAGCUCUAGAGUUGGAGAAUAGGGUGAGAGGAUGCCAUGUUGGUUCUUAUCUACCCAAUUCAGGGGUUUGGCAUCAUACUCAAAGGAUUUUAAAGAAAGGUAGUGCUGAUUCAACCAUUGUGCAACACUUGGAUUUUGAUGCUCCAACACGCGAAAUAGCUCAUCAACUCCUUGAUGACAAGAAACAAGAUGAAUCUCUUCUAGAAGAUAUCUGGACCCUAUUAAGAGCAGGCAGACUGGAAGAGGCAUGUGAGCUCUGUCGGUCUGCUGGACAGCCAUGGAGGGCAGCAACUAUAUGCCCAUUUGGGGGAUUUGAUAACUUUCCUUCAAUUGAAGCUGUGGUUAAGAGUGGAAAGAAUAGAACCUUGCAAGCCAUCGAAUUGGAAAGUGGCAUUGGACACCAAUGGCGUCUUUGGAAAUGGGCUUCAUAUUGUGCUUCUGAGAAAAUUGCAGAACAAGAUGGUGGGAAAUAUGAGACUGCUGUAUUUGCAUCUCAGUGUAGCAACUUAAAGCGAAUGCUUCCUCUUUGUACAGAUUGGGAGUCUGCUUGUUGGGCAAUGGCCAAGUCAUGGCUUGAUGUUCAGGUGGAUUUAGAAUUAGCUCGUUUUCAGCCAGGAGGACAUGAGCAGUUAAAGAGUAACGGAGGUGCAAUAGAAACAAGUCCUGGUCAUGGAGACCAAACUUUUCAUACUCCUGGUCCAGAAAGUUGGCCAUGUCAUGUUCUCAGCCAACAGCCUCGGGAUCUCUCUUCUCUUCUUCAGAAGCUCCAUUCAGGGGACAUGGUUCAUGAAGCAGUUUCUCGAGGAUGCAAAGAGCAGCAUCGGCAAAUUGAGAUGAACCUUAUGGUGGGUGAUAUACCACAUCUCCUGGAACUUCUGUGGUCAUGGAUAUCACCUUCAGAAGAUGAUCAAAAUGUCUUCAGGCCUCAUGGUGAUCCACAGAUGAUCCGUUUUGGUGCACACUUAGUACUUGUUCUUAGAUAUCUACUUGCUGAUCAAAUGAAGGACACUUUUAGAGAGAAGCUUAUGACUGUUGGUGAUCUAAUUCUCCACAUGUAUGCCAUGUUUCUAUUUUCCAAGCAACAUGAGGAAUUGGUUGGGAUAUAUGCUUCUCAGCUUGCAAGCCACCGUUGCAUUGAUCUCUUUGUGCACAUGAUGGAACUAAGGAUAAAUGCCAGUGUGCAUGUCAAAUAUAAAAUCUUUCUCUCUGCAAUGGAGUACUUGCCAAUCUCUCCGGGUGAUGAUACGAAAGGUAGCUUUGAAGAAAUCAUUGAAAGGGUUCUCUCUAGGUCCCGAGAAAGCAGACUUGGUAAAUGCAAUGAGGCUUCGUCUGAUGUUUUAGAGCAACAGCGGUUGCAGAGUCUUCAAAAAGCUAUGGUUAUUCAGUGGCUCUGUUUUACACCUCCUUCUACCAUCAAUGACGCUGAAGUUGUUAGUGCCAAACUUCUUUCAAAGGCAUUAGUACAUAGCAAUGUAUUGUUUAGGGAAUUUGCUCUGAUUUCCAUGUGGAGAGUUCCUAAACUGCCCAUUGGAGCACACAUGCUACUUAGUUUCCUUGUUGAGCCUUUGAAACAACCUACAAAGGUGCUGCUUUCCUUAGAGGAUCAUGAUAUUCCUGAGAAUUUAAAAGAAUUCCAGGAUUGGAGCAAAUACUAUUCUUGUGAUGCAACUUAUAGAAACUGGCUCAAAAUAGAGUUGGAAAAUGCAGCAGUUUCUCUCGAUGAGAUUUCUCCAGAGGAAGGACAGAGAGCUAUUGCAGCUGCUAAAGAAAUGUUACGUGCAUCACUGCUCCUGUUAUCAAGGAAAGAAAGCCCAUGGCUGGUUGUCAAUGAAGAUCAUUUUUAUGAAUCAGAAGAUCCAGUGUUCCUUGAAUUACAUGCCACUGCACUGCUUUGUCUACCUUCUGGUGAAUGCAUGUAUCCAGAUGCCACCUCCUGCACUACAUUGACAAGCGCUCUCUACUCUUCUGUCAGUGAAGAAGUUGUACUAAAACGCCAGUUAAUGGUCAACGUCUCUAUAUCUACCAGGAACAGCUGUUGUAUUGAGGUAGUACUUCGUUGCUUGGCAGUUGAGGGUGAUGGACUUGGGCCACAGGAUAACAGUGAUGGUGGCAUCCUUGCUACUGUCUUGGCAGCUGGUUUCAAAGGUGAGCUUGUUAGAUUUCAAGCUGGAGUUACAUUGGAUAUAUCUCGUUUGGAUGCUUGGUAUUCAAGCAAGGAUGGUUCUCUGGAAAAUCCAGCAACAUACAUUGUUCGUGGUCUCUGUCGCCGGUGCUGUCUUCCAGAAAUAGUUCUUCGAUGUAUGCAGGUUUCUGUUUCGCUUGUUGAGUCAGGUGAAACACCUGAAGACCAUGAUGAAUUAAUUGAACUAGUUGCUCAUCCUGAGUUUGGAUUGCUUCAGUUGUUUAGUCAGCAUCAAUUGCAGGAAUUUUUAUUAUUCGAAAGGGAAUAUUCAAUAUGCAAAAUGGAGCUGCAGGAGGAACCUUUUGCAGGUCAUUCUUAGAAUUGAAUGGAUUGCAGCUGUUUUACAGUAAAUUGUUUUGAAGGCUCUAUUGUUAGCUGCUAGCUCUGGUCCACCAAAUGAUGCUUGGGCAGUUUUCCGGCUAUCUAGAGUUUGAGCAUGACGUAGGUGGAUUCAUCAUACAUCUAUUCAUUGUUUUGUUCAAUAGAACUUGUAGUUUAUUUUUGUACAGGACAGCAUGUAAAGACCACAAGACAGCUAAUGUUCUUGUGCUAUAUUAUACUUAGUUAAGCCAUGUAGCUGUAUCAAUUAUCAAACACCUCGAGAACUAAAUGUUAUUUGUAAGAACAUGUUCUUGGUAGAAUUAA